CCAAAACUUUUUUAUUAUAAACAAGUUUAUGUGAAACUCUUAUUUACUUCGAUAACCUACACUUGCAUUAGGUUUUCUUUCCGAAGAAAAAUUCCAAUCAAUAUGGCGAGCGCAAUGGUUGAAGAUGCGAACUUCGAAGAUGAUCAGUUAGCGACUAUGAACACCGACGAUAUCGUCAGAGCAUCUCGUCUUCUCGAUAACGAGAUCCGUAUCCUCAAGGAAGAGUUGCAGAGAACGAAUCUGGAAUUGGAAUCGUAUAAAGAGAAGAUUAAGGAAAAUCAGGAGAAGAUUAAACUUAAUAAACAAUUGCCCUACCUUGUUGGUAACAUUGUUGAGAUCUUGGAAAUGAAUCCUGAAGAUGAAGCCGAAGAAGAUGGUGCCAAUAUUGAUCUUGACUCACAAAGGAAGGGCAAAUGUGUUGUGCUGAAAACUUCUACUCGACAGACAAUAUUUCUUCCAGUUGUUGGACUUGUCGACCCUGACAAGCUAAAACCUGGUGAUCUUGUUGGUGUAAACAAAGAUAGUUACUUAAUCUUGGAUACUCUUCCUUCCGAGUAUGAUUCUAGAGUUAAGGCUAUGGAAGUUGAUGAAAAGCCAACAGAAGACUACAAUGACAUUGGUGGAUUAGAGAAGCAGAUCCAAGAAUUGGUUGAAGCCAUUGUUUUGCCAAUGACCCACAAAGAACGCUUCCAGAAGUUAGGAAUUCGUCCUCCCAAGGGAGUGCUCUUAUAUGGACCACCAGGGACUGGAAAAACUUUAAUGGCCCGUGCCUGUGCUGCACAGACAAAUGCCACUUUUCUGAAGUUGGCAGGUCCUCAGCUUGUCCAGAUGUUCAUAGGAGAUGGAGCAAAACUUGUUCGUGAUGCAUUUCAACUUGCAAAAGAGAAGUCACCAUGUAUUAUAUUUAUUGAUGAAAUUGAUGCAAUUGGAACAAAACGUUUUGAUAGUGAAGUGAGCGGGGACAGGGAGGUACAAAGAACUAUGUUAGAGUUGCUCAAUCAGCUUGAUGGUUUUAGUAGUGAUGACCGGAUUAAGGUGAUAGCUGCAACUAACCGUGCUGAUAUUCUUGAUCCCGCCCUCAUGCGAUCUGGUCGAUUGGACCGGAAGAUCGAGUUUCCACACCCAACCGAAGAAGCAAGAGCUCGAAUUCUGCAGAUCCAUUCAAGGAAGAUGAAUGUUCACCCCGAUGUCAACUUUGAAGAACUAGCUCGGUCCACCGACGAUUUCAACGGAGCACAACUGAAGGCUGUCUGUGUUGAGGCUGGCAUGUUGGCUCUACGCCGUGAUGCUACUGAGGUGAACCAUGAGGACUUCAAUGAAGGUAUAAUUCAAGUCCAAGCAAAGAAGAAAGCAAGCCUGAACUAUUAUGCUUAAGCUAGAAUCUCGAACAAGCUAUGCUUCGUUCAAAACAUCUGAAACAUCACAGACUAAGCGAAUGCCUUAUUUGAUGUUUGACAUUUGUUUACUUAUUUACAUGAUUUAUGACCAAUAUCCUGUCAUCGUCUUUUAGGAAACCUGUGAUACAAUCAAUUCAAAGAAGUAAUAGAAACUUUAUUCCCAUGCACUAUUUAA